ACCUCUCCCUCCAUCCCUCCCUCCCUCUCUCUGUGUCUCAUUUGCAUGUCUUCCGCUUCCUCAUCACAAGAAACGGUUCUUGUCAAAGCGAGAAGAGCAGAGGAAUGUGGGUGAGAAUGAGGCUCCGAUCAGGCUGAACAUCCCGCUGGUAAUUAGAGACCCGACACUGGCUAAUCACGACAGUUUCAGCGUUGCCAUGGAGACUGGAAAGCCGGGACUGGCAAGUGUUCCAGUAAAUAUCAGCUCAGUCGGAGCACAGGCAGAGAAAAGACUGGACAUCCAGUCGCCUCUAACGGCGGUUUACAUCCAAGCAGUUCCAACUGUGCCUUUACAGCAUUACCCUCAACCUCCUGCAGAGGCCAGAUUGACGAGCGGCCUCCACCUGACCAUGCCAGCUCUCUAUGCCAAGGAGACACUCCCCUUCCUGACUCUGCACCUUGCCGGUGACCCGCAGCCUAAGCUGGGAUGCAAUGGACCUGCUGCUGUUGCUCCGGCAGUCAAACCGAAGUCUGCAGGCAAACACGUGUGUCCUCACUGUGGACGGGAUUGCAUGAAGCCUAGUGUCCUGGAGAAGCACCUCCGCUGCCACACAGGAGAGCGACCAUAUCCUUGCACCACCUGUGGAGUAUCUUUUAAGACCCAGAGCAACCUGUACAAACACAGACGAACUCAGACACAUGCCCGGCAGUCAUCGGAAUCAGAGCAGAGCAACCCGGGCAGUCUAGACAGCAUGUACAGCUCCAGAGAGACAUGUUCCUCCAGUUUCUCUCUGGAUGAGCAAUGUGAGGAGCUGGGUGGUGAGGCAAAGUAUACCGAGAUGCAAAGUUCUGUCAGCGAACAGAAAGAGCCCAGCUCAACUGCUCCUAAUCCAGAAACCAAACUCACACCAGAGGGGGACAAAGGGAAGACAGAAAGUUUAAAACAGUCUUUGACCUGCAGCAGGCACCUCCAGCUUCAGAGACAGGAAGCCACCCUGUUCUCCAAACAGUGGGAAAGCUCUGCAUCUAGAGGGAAAUCCCAGAGUCACGAAAGCACAGACUCUGGCUUCAGCGAGAGCAGUGAUCACUAUCCCAGUCCCAACAGUGUCUUAGCUGAAAACAGUGUGGAUGACCAAUCUAAAGCCAGCAGGGAGAACGAUGAGGAGGCCCAGGAAACCGAAGGCCAGGCUGGAAGGGAUGACAAAGGCAAGGCGCGGGUGCAGGAGCAGAGGAAGCUGGAGGAGAGAAUAUCCAAGCUGAUUUCAGAGAACACUGCAGUUGUGGAGGACAAAAAACUUGAAAAUGUAAGGCCAAGAAAGACUGUAUUGUCAAAGCAAGGAAGCAUUGACCUUCCCAUGCCGUACACCUACAAGGACUCCUUCCACUUUGACAUGAGAGCGAGCCCAGCUCAGAAUAUUGGGCUCCAAAGACAAACCAAGUCUGGACUCUACAGUUCUGUCCCUACUCAGGGCUCCUCCUGCACCGAGCAUGGACCCUUAACACGCAGCAACUCCCUGCCUUUCAGCGUUUCCCUCCUGCAGCCAGAGACAAGCAGCCCGACCUUAUCAAACCAGAGAGAUUAUGUAACCGAAAGUUCUGGCAAGAUCAACCCAACAGGUUUACUUAAGAAGCCUGUGAACCAGCAAUCAUCUGUUCACCGCCCACUGGUCCGGCAGACAGCCGUAGACUGCAACCACGCAACAGACAGCCUCCUCACCACUUCAUCUGUGGAGGAGGCGUGCACCAGCAGACCCGGCUGUGACGGAGAUGGCAGCAACAUAGUUGGAGAACCAAACAGUAGAAAGGUCCGGAAGAAGAAAGAACAGAAGUUUGCCUACAACAAGUGGUACAUGUACGGGGGUGGAACAUUUAAAAAGCUCUACAAUACGGACAAAAGUGGAGAUACUGCUGCUUUGAAAGGGAGGAAAUGUUCAACCAACUUACUUCAGGAGCCAGUUCAUGGUCAACAGAAACCGCUUUCAGUGGUCCAUAGAGAAACUGCUACAAGAUCCGAUUCAGCGCCCCUCUCUGCCAAUCUUUCUCUGGUCUCCUCUUUGGAUCAAACAGCUAACCCUGCGAAUGCUCCCCUCAGGAGGCACCUGUCUGCCUCAGAGUUGCAAUCACCUGCUGCCAGACCAGCACCUGGCCCCAUAAUGGAGUCUCUGAGCCAAAGAGAGGCAGGGAGAUUAUUAAAUGUUCCUAAACAUUCCCACUCCAUGACAGAGCCCUGCGAUGGCCAGAUUCCAUCUGACAGGAAAAAGCAAAAAACUGUGGAAGAAGACAUUUCACCUCUGCUGAUGGAGACUGACCCAACCACCCCCACUCUACACCCUGCAUCUGUCACUGAAGGCACAGCUCCGCAGGAGGCAGAUUUUACUUUCAUCCCAGCCAAAAAGAUCCCAAAGUCUCCCGAGUUAAAAGGAUCCCUCCUUGUUUCUCAGAUUAGCAAUUCAGCAGCUGUUUCAGUGCCUAUUGCUGCCAAGAGCAGCUUCCUCCCCAAGUACCAGCUGAAGUUACCAAAUGCCCAUGAACCCCACCCUAUAUCUCCAUCACAACUAGGGGUUAAACCAAAUGCAGUGGAGGGCUAUACUCCCACUGCGUUAUCUGCUCACUCCAACCAAACCCUGGUGACGGCUUCUGUGAACCUCUUCAGAAACCCGGUCCGUUUACCGUCCAUACAAACUCCAGACCACCUUGCCUUACCUUGCACAGUCACAAGUCUGUGUCAAGUCAAAACAUCACAACACAGCUACACAAUGGCAUCUGGUGUAUCUGUCAUGCAGAGGCAGUUUGCAGCAACCACUAUAACCACAAGCUGCUUUCAGGACUAUACAAGUGGUCUAUGCAGCACUUUAAUGCAUUGUUCAAAAGCUGGAACUGACUCAGUGCUUGAACAGUCACUGAGAUCUCUCGCACCUGCAGCUCCAGUGCUGCAUCCGCCCACCACAUAUAAUCAGAAAUCAGCUGCCACCAUCACAGGCCUUCCACAUAAUCUCUCCUACCAAGGCUCUAACCCUCCUCAGGGACAUGUGCCAGACCCAGCAGAACCUGGAAACAAAUCCAGUGUUGACCCAAAUGGCCCAGUUGUACCCUGUGGGAUUAUGCCACUGGACCAACAAGCUCAAAAUGUCUUUCAUGUUCAUACUGCAGACCUCCAGAUCUGUCUUCAAAUCAUAUCUGAUGAGCAGAUGGCUCUCAUUGCUCCUCAAAUUGAACGUCAGCCGUGUUCUGGUUUGUCACAGAUCUGUGAUAUGGAAGUUAUGACACCAGAUGGUGUCCGGAAAAAUCUCUCAAUCAAAACUAGCAAUGUCUUAAGUAUAAAUGAACAACUACAGCAUCAAACAGAGAGUGACAGACUGGAGUGUUUAGUUGGACUAAACCAACAGGAGAUUAAUAGAGGAGAUGCUUGUAAAACAGCAUUGUUAAUCAAAUCCAUCCCUCCUAAAGCACCAAACUCACACAGCAAUGGCCAUUCCAUCAUCGUCACACAGACUCGAAACUCUGCAGGUUGUAUUAUGGCAACCUCUGCUUCAUCCAGAGGCUCAAGGUCAGCAGGGAACCAAACUUCAGAGACCAAACAGGUUCUCUCUGCAAACCCUUGUGCUGAGGAGCAUUUCUUAUCAAACACAGGACACAAAAGGACUGAAAACAUCUCAAAAACACCACCUGGACAAAGGAAAAUCAGCGGGGGAUCCCUUUCUACCAAAGCAGCAAACCAGAACAGUGGAAAUCUGGAGAAAAGCCAACAGGACCCUGAACAUCCCAGGACUUCCUGUGGUGCAGAUGUGUUUAAAGGAUGUGGUGGAGCAGCAAUGGGCAAAGUAAGCAGGACAGACAGUUCAGAGUCCCUCAAACAGGCCACCAGUGCCACAGGCAUGGAUGGAGGAGUCACUCCAUUUUUCAUGAACAGCUCCAGUGUCAGGAGACAACCCAACCAACAAACAGAACCUCCAGAAUGUGUUGGCCAGAGUUCAACCAACCAUCCAAACAUGAAGCUGAAAGGAGUGGAGCCUUCUGACCAAUCAUCCUCCACAAUAAAACUAUGUCCACAACAGACACAGAAUGAUCAAAGGAAGAAAUCCUCUAAAAAACCAGAGGAAAUCCCUGUACAUUCUGCUUCUGGUCACAGGGAAAGAACCGGAGACACCACAAGCUCCACUGCAGGGAUUACAGAGGAAGCCCUGAAGGAUCAGGAACAUAAGGAGACACCAGAGGGUGCAGACUGCAAAGCAGAGCUGAAACAAGAGGAGCUGCAGUCAGAGCAUCGGGGAGGAUACGACCUGACCGAGAAGGACCAGAAGCCCCACAACGUUCCAGAGGUGGCUGGAGCGGACAGGACUAGGCCAAGGGAAGAAGAAAUAAACGUUCGUGUGGAUCCCCUGAAAAUCGCACAUCUGUCUGAACAGGAUUUAGAGGCGCUUUGCCAGAGAAAUCCACAAAUAUCUGAACAUCAAACCACAAACAUCUCCCAGGACUCUGACCUGGCUGCCAGCAGCACCCAUACCCGCCGUCUAGACUGCCCACCGCUGGAAAUCAACCAUCUCUAUCCACCACAGAAGAACUGGGACACAAGCACCGUCCUCUACGACCAGCAGAUGCAGAUCUCACAUGCACCGAACAUGAACCAUCGGGCUUCUUUAUGUGCUGAGCCCAGCUGUCAGUCAACUAAAAGCACGAUGAGUGUUUCAGCUCAGCAGGACUUUAACUGCAGGACAGCUGAGAGCUGCUCUGAUAUUUUCACUGGAGACAGAACAAAAAACCCAAGUGUCUUACCAGAUUUCAGAACGCUGUCCUCUACGUGUUUAAGUCAGGUUACCAAAGUCUGCAGGAGUUCAGAUGAGAUGACAGGAGAAAUGUUGCAGGACGAGCAGAUUCCUGUCGCUUCAUCACAGCCGUUUCUGGAAGCUGGUAAGAAGCAAGUCUCUGCAGAAACACUCAAGGACUUCCCCGACCAGAACCGUGACUCUGGGAGAAACAAGUACCAGUCCAUUCUCAUGAUCGGGUCCUUUCAUGGCUACCAAGCCGCAGACUGCCUGCCCAGCGGCGUGAGGCCUGUGCCGAGCGUUCCAGACAAUUCAGAAGACACCAGCAGCAGUGAUGAUGAGGGAAAGCUAAUCAUCGAGCUCUAGAUGCAUAGAUGAAAUAUUUCACACUCUUAUUGUUCUUGUGUAUAUUUUUCCCACUCAGGAGACAAAAAUAAGAAGAAUGGGCAUAAAUUUAGACAAACAGUGCAAGUCGAUGUGCACCUCUGGAGCUUGGACAUGACCUUUGAUCUUUACAUACAUUUCCUCUGACUGUGAAAGUUAUCUUGUGGUGAUACUGUAAAAAGUGAAUGAAGCUGUUACUCCAAACUGGGUUUCAUGGUAGUUCUGUGGCUCCUUUCAUACAUGAACUCUUCUGUUGUUGACUCAGAAAACAGGAACACGUGGAGUCAAGGUUUUGUCCAGUGCAGUGGUCAUUUCGUCAACCAGAAUGGGAUACAGAGAUGUCAUCUGAAGAGGAAGAGGUGAAGGUGCACAUGGAGUCAACGCCCCCUUUUCCCGUGACGAUGACGAGACGAAAACGCACAAAAAUUGUUUCCAGAAAAUAAAAAUAUGAAGAAAAUAAAAACGUAUUUUUAUCAACGAGACUAAGUCCAGACAAAAUUUAUGAGCCAUGAACGAAUGGACAUUAAAAAUGUAAUUGUUUAUAAUGAAUUUGUAAUUGACUAAAAUGACAAAAAUUUGACUAAGACUAAAAUAGAUUUUCGUCAUUUAGACUAAGCCUAAGACUAAAUUAAAAAAAAGCAAAACGAAAGAAAAACGAAACGAAAAACUAAAUUAACACUGGUCCAGUGGCAGCUGGCCAAUAGAGGGCGCUAGGGCGCCGCCCCACAAGCCCAAUCACCUUCAUUAAGACAAAAAAAUAAAUAAAAUAAAAUUAUAAAAAUAAAACAUUUUUGAAAUAUGGUAAUAUAUAAUUUGAAGCAAAAAUGUUCCCCCAUAGAGUCUCAUUAAAAGUUGUCCAUGCGCAGUAGGUCGUCUGCAAUACAGAAGUAUAGGAGAGCUCUGGCUGCAGCUAAGCUUGAAGAGAACUGGAAAUGAAACCCUUUGGACCGGAUCAGCCAAACAUCAAAAUUAAUCAGCAGUCUAAAGACAGAUGGAGACGUUUCACUCUGUCUUUUUCCAGGACCUGGUUUAGCUACAAGGCUAGGCUAACUGCAUGCAGCGAGGCUAACGCUGUGUUCUGCUUUUCCUGCCUCUGUCAUGAUGGGUUCACUGGUGUGACCCAAUUAUGCAGAACACCACUGAGACGGAAACUGGAGUAAAAGGUUUAACAGAGUUUAUUGUCAUAAGCACUGAGAUAAUGACUGGUUCAGGGUCAGGCCUGGGAGACUGGUUCACCGGAGUCUGCGUGAGAGACAGUUCAGUUAGCGUAGCGCAUAGGAGUUUGAUUCUUGACA